GACAAAUAUCAAAUGGGAAAAAUGGAGUGUGUGGUAUCUAGUGUUGUGGCGGUGCUGCUGCUGCUGCUGGUGCACACGGUGUCAAUGACUCAUGCUGCUUCAACUCAUUCAUCUACUGAUCACUCACAGGUUGUGGCUGAGGCUGACGCUCUGCGCAACUCCGGUUGGUGGAUACGGGCCGACCAGCCUGGAUCUAACCCUUGCAAUUGGGUGGGCAUAUAUUGUAAUGAGGGCGGGCAUGUCAUUGGGAUAAGCUUACGAAGUUCGCAAGUACCCGUAGGUGAGCUUAGUAAAUUAAAUCUUUCUUCACUUCCCAACCUCAAUUUUCUCAUCCUUUCUAAAAUGGGACUCAAUGGUAGCAUAUCAGACCAAAUAGGUAGUCUUACUAAACUCACCAAUCUUGAUCUUUCUCAUAAUCAACUGACUGGCCCCAUCCCACACCAAAUAGGUAGUCUUACUAAACUCACCAUUCUUGAUCUUUCUGAUAAUCACCUAAGCCUCAUCCCACACCAAAUAGGUAGUCUUACUAAACUCACCAUUCUUGAUCUUUCUGAUAAUUACCUUACUGACUCCAUCCCACACCAAAUAGUUUGUCUUACUAAACUCACCAAUCUUGAUCUUUCUGAUAAUCAACUGACUGGCUCCAUCCCACACCAAAUAGGUAGUCUUACUAAACUCACCAAUCUUGAUCUUUCUCAUAAUCAACUGAUUGGCCCCAUCCCACACCAAAUAGGUAGUCUUACUAAACUCACCAUUCUUGAUCUUUCUGAUAAUCACCUAAGCCUCAUCCCACACCAAAUAGGUAGUCUUACUAAACUCACCAUUCUUGAUCUUUCUGAUAAUUACCUGACUGACUCCAUCCCACACCAAAUAGGUAGUCUUACUAAACUCAGUCUUACUAAACUCACCAAUCUUGAUCUUUCUGAUAAUCAACUGACUGGCUCCAUCCCACACCAAAUAGGUAGUCUUACUAAACUCACCAUUCUUGAUCUUUCUGAUAAUCACCUGAUUGGCUCCAUCCCAUACCAAAUAGGUAGUCUUACUAAACUCACCAAUCUUGAUCUUUCUCAUAAUCAACUGACUGGCCCCAUCCCACACCAAAUAGGUAGUCUUACUAAACUCACCAUUCUUGAUCUUUCUGAUAAUCACCUAAGCCUCAUCCCACACCAAAUAGGUAGUCUUACUAAACUCACCAUUCUUGAUCUUUCUGAUAAUUACCUGACUGACUCCAUCCCACACCAAAUAGGUAGUCUUACUAAACUCACCAAUCUUGAUCUUUCUGAUAAUCAACUGACUGGCUCCAUCCCACACCAAAUAGGUAGCCUUACUAAACUCACCAUUCUUGAUCUUUCUGAUAAUUACCUGACUGACUCCAUCCCACACCAAAUAGGUAAUCUUACUAAACUCACCAAUCUUAAUCUUUCUGAUAAUCCACUGACUGGCUCCAUCCCACACCAAAUAGGUAGUCUUACUAAACUCACCAUUCUUGAUCUUUCUGAUAAUCACCUAACUGACCUCAUCCCACACCAAAUAGGUAGUCUUACUAAACUCACCAUUCUUGAUCUUUCUGAUAAUUACCUGACUGACUCCAUCCCACACCAAAUAGGUAGUCUUACUAAACUCACCAAUCUUGAUCUUUCUGAUAAUCAACUGACUGGCUCCAUCCCACACCAAAUAGGUAGUCUUACUAAACUCACCAUUCUUGAUCUUUCUGAUAAUCACCUGAUUGGCUCCAUCCCAUACCAAAUAGGUAGUCUUACUAAACUCACCAUUCUUGAUCUUUCUCAUAAUCAAUUGACUGGCCCCAUCCUACACCAAAUAGGUAGUCUUACAGAACUCACCUUUCUUCAACUCGAUCAUAACAAACUCAUUGGUGGCAUCCCUUCAUCUUUAGGCCAUCUCACUAAGUUGACUUCUUUGAACCUUGGUUGGAAUGAAAUCAAUGGAUCCAUCCCUCCAGAAAUUGGAAAUAUUAAGGAUCUAGUCUCUUUGGACCUUCAGGGUAACUUAAUCACUGGAGAGAUACCUUCAGUGCUAAAAAAAUUAAAGAGAUUAGAGUGCUUAGAUCUCUCGUAUAAUAGCCUAUCAGGCAACAUCCCGCCCUUUCUCACCAACAAUAGCAACUGGAGGACAAUUGAUUUAUCCAAUAAUUAUGAUUUGGAGAGUUAUACACCUUCCUUUCCCAAUGGAAGAGAGAAUGCCCAAGUUCCAACCGGAGACACAACAUCCCAACUCACCAUCAUCACCUCUUUGCUCCUCACCUUGUUUUUUGUAACCUUAAUACUUGGGUUGGCCUUCCUUUGGUGGAAGAAAAGAAAAGUUCAAUCAGAUUCAAUGGCAACCAAAAAAAAUGGAGAUUUGUUUUCCAUAUGGGACUAUGAUGGGAGAAUUGCUUUUGAAGACAUCAUCUCGGCAACAGAGGAUUUCGAUAUCAGAUAUUGCAUAGGCGUUGGAGGCUAUGGCAGUGUUUAUAGAGCACAACUUCCCAGUGGAAAAGUGGUUGCUGUGAAGAAACUUCAUCGAUCAGAAAUAGACGAGCCGGCAUACUUGAGAAGUUUUAAGAAUGAGGUACAGAUGCUAGGACAAAUACGACAUCGGAACAUUGUGAAACUUCAUGGUUAUUGUCUACAUAAUAGGUGCAUGUUUCUCAUUUAUAUGUACAUGGAAAGGGGAAGCUUGUAUUGUAUGCUGAGCGAUGAGAUUGAGGCUGUUGAAUUGGAUUGGGUUAAGAGGGUGAAUAUUGUUAAAAAUAUGGCCCAUGCAUUAUCCUACAUGCAUCAUGAUUGUAUCCCACCAAUCAUUCAUCGGGACAUAUCAAGCAAUAACAUCCUUUUAGAUUCAAAACUUGAGGGUUUUGUAUCAGAUUUUGGCACAGCGAGAUUAUUAGACCCUGAUUCCUCAAAUCAAACCCUUGUUGCUGGCACCAACGGCUACAUUGCACCGGAGCUUGCCUACACAAUGGUUGUGACCGAAAAAUGUGAUGUAUAUAGCUUUGGGGUGGUGGCACUAGAGACGAUGAUAGGGAAGCAUCCUGGAGAACUUAUCACUUCAUUAUCAUCAUCGUUAUGUCAGGAUAUAAUGUUGAGGGAUGUAUUAGAUUCACGUCUACCACUUCCUGAAGAUCUUCAAGUUGCUUAAGAUGUAGUUUUUGUGAUACUUUUGGCUCUCAAAUGCAUCCAUUCAAAUCCGAAAUCUCGUCCAACAAUGCAACAAGUAUCCUACAAACUUCUUAGUAACAUACCGUUUCCUAAGUCACCCUUUUAUGCAAUUUCCCUCCAUGAAUUGAAGAAUCAAGAAAUGUAAUUUAACAACUUGUGCUUGUUAUUUUUUUGUUUCUUCAUUGUGUUUGGAGGCUAUAAUAAAGAUGGAGAUGUCAUAAAGAACAUAUUCUUUU